UGAUACAAAACGGUGUUUGCCGAAAAUAUUCGCGGGUACUUAUCUACUUCGGUCGAGUAGUCCAUAUUCUGGACGUGUGCAUCGUCGUGUCUCGUGUUUCUCUUCAUACAAACGCGUAGAUUUCACGCGCGGUCGGAAGAUCCCUCCUAACCUUGGUGUAUAAUACUGUUUGUGUAUCAUUACAUUUGGGAUUAUCACUAUACAGUAGAGUGCAACACAGACGUACAUACAUACGUAGUGCAACAACAGGAAGGACGUUUCCGUGUCCUAAAUGCUGCACGGCUCGCGGCGUUAUUAACGUUGACCGAAGUAUCAAAGAACGUGUCAAGAUUGAGCAAGUCGUCGUCCCGUCCGGCGGUGAUCUCGCCAAAAUUUGGAGGAUGCUGAUGCCGGGUGCCGCGGGUCUCGGUGUGGGCGCUGUGGGUGCUGUAGGCACCGUGAGUGCCCCAGCACCCGAAGACUUGGUGCAAGGACUGGGGGCACUCGCCGGUACCACGCCGCAGCAAAAGGACACGACAUGGACAAAACUCUUCGUUGGUGGUUUACCCUAUCACACCACUGACAAAAGCCUUAGGGAACACUUCAAUGUUUACGGAGAUAUCGAGGAGGCGGUUGUCAUCACGGACAGACAAACUGGGAAAAGCAGAGGCUAUGGCUUUGUAAUUAUGGGAGAUAGACCAGCAGCGGAGAGAGCAUGCAAAGAUCCCAAUCCUAUUAUCGAUGGUCGCAAAGCAAACGUUAAUUUGGCCAUUCUUGGAGCUAAACCCAGGGGUAACUUGCAAACGACAUUCCCGUUCGCUGCAGGCAUCCGGGCUGGUUAUCCAGCAGUACUUCCCGGACAAUACGGGGUACCACCGGGUUACGUGUAUCAAUCACCCUACCUGGCGGCUGCGGCGCCAGGUGGUCUAGUACCACUUCCGACGACACAGUUGAGCCACGCAGCCGCCGUCGCCGCGGCAUCGCAGUUCUACGAGUACCAGAAUGCGGCGGCAGCCGCCGCGACCUAUCCGGGCACCUCGUACAACUUCGCCGAGGCGUAUCCGUACACCACCGCGGCUGCGGCUGGUACGUGUUUGAAUAGUGUCCAGAGCAAGGGUAGCAACUAUCCGCUACACCAUCACCACCACCACCACCACCACCAGCAGCAACAGCAAAACGGACCCGGUGCGACGUUGGCGCAUCAGCAACGGUCGGAGAAAGCUCUCCUACCGCAAUUUCUGCCGUCCGUGCUGCGUGAUUAUGCUAAUGCCGCGGCGGGUUACGUGGCGCCAUACACAUAUGCAACUUUGCCAGGUGCUGCAGGAUUGCCAGCAGCGGCAGCGGCGGCGGCAACGGCAGCUGGAGCGGCUUUCCCGGGUUUACCGUACCAGACAACACCUCAGGAGGCAAGAUUGCAAUAAAAGUUUAACAUUAGACCGCCACAAGAUGCUUGCCAGCUAAGCCUUCUGUAAGAAACGUAAAGCUGCGCGAAAAACAUUCAAUCCUCGAUUAUAUAACCUUCGAGGAUCAGCUCAUCAUCUUCCUCGUUAUUAGUUAUUCUUCGAGAUUUCUAUGUUCCUGAUCACGUCUCGCGAACGUAUCGAAAUGCUGUCCGCGAGUACUGCAAGAGGCGAAAAGGAAGAGUUUCCGAUGAAACGACAAACCCGUCACAGCGCUCCGCAACUUCCCGCUAAGUCGAUUAAUCUUUACUCUUCCGUUUUCGCCUCCCCGAUCUAAUAUCUUCCUCCCCCUGCUUCUACAGAGCCGACACUGGCGCGUUCAGUGUAUCGCGAAAUCUUUAGAAAGGAUACCAACGACUUUUAGAAUUACGAUUAUAAUGAUAUAAUAAUUAUUUAUAACGAGCUCGCUCAUUUGGCAAAAUGAUCCUCGACAUGCGAACGAUUCGAAAUUCGAGAGCCGAAAAAGAGGCUUACUAAGUACUUUGGUCUAUAUUCGAAAACUAUGUGCGCAAAUAGUUUACUACAGGCGUUUGAACAUAAUGUUUUGUAUUUUAACAGCAUAUACAACAGCACAUUUUAAGAUAUUGUACAACAGAGCAAUAUAUCGAAAUGUACGUUAUAAUUUUUAAAACAUAACAUUUAAACUUAUAGAAUAUUAGAACAUCAUGUAUGUAUUUUAGUGGUUCCUAAAUCGAACGUAUCGCUCGCGCAACAACUUCUGUAUUUCAAACGGUAUCGUCCAAGAAACUUCUCUUCAGAAAAUAUUCAUAGCUCUGACACCCGAUAUGUCUUCGACAAAGUUAAUUGAAUGCGCUAAAAAUAUCAACGGAGAUUAAUGUGAGAACUCUGAAAUAAUUUUAGAACCAGCUGGUACGAUCAGAGAUACGCAUUUCGAAAAGAAUGUGUUUUAAAUUUUAAGUAAAUUUUAAGUACAUAGAUCUUAAAAAUGUAAUGAUAAACAAGAUUUCUAGUAUUGUAAGUUGUUAAGUUAUAUUUUCAUGCUUUUCCCGAUGAAAUAAAUUGAAAAAAAAAAAAACGCGUUUAUCUGUAACGAAUCAAGUUUUAGGAUAACGCUUA